AUAAUAAAUGAACAAAUUCUCCAAGUCAAUUGUACAUGCACCACUGACUGAAGGCAACACCCAUCACGAUCAUAACAGUCGUAUAACAAUACUUGAUCAGCUGACGUUGUUGUUGUGAUCGAGCUUCGUGGCGUCCUAUAGCUAGCUCGCGCGGCGGCGGGAGAGACGACAUCAUUUUUGAUCCAGCUAAUGUAUUCCGAAGGGUGACCUUAAAACUAGACGACGCAGCGAGAGAUACGUGAGGAUUGGAAUGCAUACAGAAGACCGGCUUCUAACGACAUCACUCCCCAUCUCCGCGGCAAUCCGACUAUACACAUUCGAUGUUAGUUGAAGAGACACAGCGCUGAUUGGCUAACGAACCUCGUGACGUAACAGACGAAACAUGAUUUACUGGUAAACCAAAGAUUCAGAACGGUUGCUCCGAACCUACCCCUUUCGACGAACUGGGAUUGACACACUCCAUUGGCAUAAGUUCCAGUCCGCAUUUCCAGACUUGUCCGUUGUGGCGCCAGAUCUGAAGUGAAGCGGGAAGACUUCCUUGACUGUAUCGAACCAGUUGCUAAGGAUACGAAUAACGAUGUCUGCACGAAUCUUCCAGGCAUUAAGCACUCCUUCUAUUCGCCUUUGCUGCCGAUCUGUUGCUUCAUCCCUAGCACAUUCUCAGUCAGUCCGGUCCCCACCCUCCCCCUCGACCACCCAGUCGUCCACCGGCGCCUAUGAACUCCGGGAAACCUACCGGGAACUCCCCGCGAUAUUGUCAUCGGAGAGCACCGAGGAUAAGAUCAAUGAUUUGACAUCGAGUGAUCCGCUCCCCGUCAGAGGGUAUGACUUCAGCCAGGCCAUCGAUUAUAACAAGAUCAUGGAGUCGAUGAGGACUGUCGGGUUUCAAGCCUCAAACUUUGGCGCUGCAGUGGAGGAGAUCAAGAGAAUGCUGGCUAAGAAAGUUGAGCCACUAACAGAGGAGGAGAAAUGGACAAUGAUGGAGAAUUACAGUCGGCACAGUUCUGAAGCCUGGACGGCUAGGGCGCCCUCUAAGUGUACGAUCUUCUUAGGUUAUGCAUCAAGUAUCAUCACAAGUGGCCUUCGAGAAACCAUGUGCUUCCUCACCAAGAACAACCUGGUUGAUUGCAUCGUGACAACGGCUGGAGGAAUUGAAGAGGACUUCCUGAAGUGUUUCGGCGACUUUUACGUCGGUGAUUUUCGCACGGAUGGAGGGAAGAUGUGGAAUAAGAAUAUCAACCGUGCUGGGAAUAUCUUCGUACCCGAGCUCCACUAUCACUACUUUACUGAAUUCAUGCAACCUAUUCUUGAAGAUAUGAUGAACGAACAAAACAAGCACGGUAUGAAGUGGACACCAUCAAAGAUGAUAGCCCGAAUGGGACAGGAGAUCAACGAUGAAUCAUCUGUGUAUUACUGGGCCUAUAAGAAUAAUAUUCCAGUGUUCAGCCCAGCCAUAACGGAUGGAGGAAUAGGGGACGAGUUUCUGUAUUUUCAUAGAAGAAAUAAAAGCAAUAAUCUAGUGAUCGACAUAGCAGAAGAUAGCAAUCGUAUAAUCGAGAUAGCUGAAUCUUCAAUAAACACUGGCAUGAUAACUGUUGGGGCUGGAAUAGGAAAGCAUCACAUCUGUCAGGCGAACGCUCAUCGCAAACCAGAGGGAGCUGACUACGUGGUCUACAUGAAUACUGCCCAAGAAUUCGAUGGUUCCGACUCGGGUGCUAUGCCGGAGGAAGCAGUAUCUUGGGGAAAGAUCAAGGACACAGCGAAACCCGUUAAGGUGUUUGGGGAGGCAUCGAUCCUGUUCCCUCUUCUUGUCGCCGAGACCUUCGCCAGACUGGUUUACCCAUGAUGCAAUGGAACUUCUUGCUUCGGGAUAAAAAAAUGUAAAACAUCCAUCUGUAUUGGUUUAAUGAAUAAUACUAAAAUAUAA